AGAGGGCUUUAGCGUUUAAACGAAGCGAGGAAGGUUAAGAGAGCUGGACCGCAAGGGAUGGAUGCCGCAAUUGUUUACCAAAUAUCAAUGACAAUAUAAGUUUGCACCUACUUCCGCGCAGGAAAUACAAAGAGAUUCGACUUGCCGAAUUCGAAGAUAGUGAUCAAUAUUAAUUUCAAAGUGCACAAUUGCAAAGCAAAAUGAACAUUCGCUCGUUGAUGAGGUUAUGCUCCAGUUUCAAACACGAUAAUUUUAACAAACACAGAUUUUACUGCAGCAGAAAUAUACUGAAACUGUAUGAAAGGGGCAUGUACGAAAGUGUAUUUCCCGAUAUUAGUAAAGACAAAAUAGCAAAUUUAUUAAACAAAUCGCCGCAAUGUGUGUACGCUGGUUUUGAUCCAACAGCGGAUAGCCUGCAUGUUGGCAAUUUGCUCAUCUUGAUGAAUCUCUUACACUGGCAAAGAGCGGGACAUCAAGUUAUAGCUCUUGUAGGAGGAGCUACAGGCUUGAUAGGUGAUCCCAGUCACAGAAGUUCCGAGCGCGUUGAAAUGGACAAAUUUUUAAUUCAGGAGAACAUCAAGUCCAUCACAAAGAAUAUAGAGACCAUCUUUGACAAUCACAGAGCUCAUUUCUUGAAAAAGCAUCAAGAUUUGAAGCCCCUUAUUGUAGUAAACAAUAUAGACUGGUAUAAGGACAUAAAUGUUAUUGACUUUAUCAGAGAUGUCGGCAAAUAUUUCAGGAUAGGCACAAUGUUGGGCAGAACGUCCGUUCAGUCGCGAUUGAAUUCCGAGACGGGAAUGAGUUUCACCGAAUUCACUUAUUCGCUGUUCCAGUCGUACGACUGGCACCAACUGAUGAAAAAGUACAAUUGCCGCUUCCAAAUCGGCGGAAGCGAUCAAAUGGGCAAUAUCGUGUCGGGAUAUGAUCUAAUCACUAGGAGCACGGGAAAGGAGGUCUACGGCAUAACGUUACCUCUCAUUACAGCCGAAGGUGGGAAGAAGUUCGGGAAGUCUCUUCAGAACGCAGUUUGGUUGUCUCCGGAAAAAUCAUCGAGCUUCCAACUGUAUCAAUAUUUCAUCAGAGCCAAGGAUUCCGAUGUGGAAAGGUUUUUAAGACUGUUCACAUUUUUGUCGCUUAACAAAAUCACUGAAAUCGUCGAGUAUCACAUGAAAAGUCCGGAAGAUAGGAUAGCGCAAAAAAAAUUAGCGGAGGAAGUUACUCUUUUGGUACACGGAGAGGAAGGAUUGAUAGCCGCGAAACGCGCGUCAGCAGCGUUAUACGACAAGUCAAUCGAGUCCUUCGUCAGGCUGAACGCAUCGGAAAUAGCAGAUGUGUUCGAAGGUGCGACCAUAGUCGACGUUAUGACCGAGCCGGGAAUCACCGUGUACGAUCUGGCGAUGAAAGUUAAGUGCUUUAAGACGGAAGACGACGCGCAACGAAUUAUAACGGCGGGCGGGUUUUACAUAAAUCAUCAACGGAUCAUGAACAAGCAUGAAGUAAUCGUACCUGGCAUACAUAUAUUAAGCAACAACGUGUCCUUGCUAAGAGUAGGUAAAAAAACAUACCAUAUUGUCCGAUGGCAAUAGUUGGUGUUGAAAAUAUGUGUACAAAUGUAUCGUAAAUAAAACAGUUUGAUACUUAGAAUAUUUAAUAAGAAAUUUACAACAAUCUCUUUCGAUUCGCGUCUUCU